AUGGAGAAAGAAAUAGAAGAUGCAUCCCGCAUAACAACUCCUAUCAUCAAUCCAUCAACGCAGGACAUAUCAAGACCACUACAUCCAAAUUACAUGCCAAGUUACUACGGUCCAGUGCCUCAUGCGUGGUUACCACCUUUUGUGCCUCUUCCAAGUGCCAGUCCAGAUGCAUGGAGCAACCAGCAAAACCAAUGGAACACUACCUCAGCUACCGCGUCAAGUACUGCUAUCUUGAGUAGUUCCGCUCCCGCGUCAAGCACUGCUGCCUUGUAUAGUUCCUCCAUACCAAUGAUGGGACCUCCUCCAACUGCCUACCCAUAUCAAUGGAGCAACCAGCAACACCCAUGGAUCUCUACUUCCGCUCCCAUGUCUAGCUCCGCAAGUAGUGUCAGCUCUAGUGUAGCUGUCAGUUCUAGUGUACAAACCAGCGCUAGUGUCGCUGCUAGCUCUUGUUCGGCUUUACCAACAUUUAUUCCUCCAACUUCUACCAACCCAUAUCCAUGUGGCAGUGAGGAAAAUAAAGUGCAGCAAAGUAACUCUGUUGAAGAAAUUAGUGAGGCCACAUUAGACUCGAUAGAGGUUGAAGCGCAAUCUACUGCCUCUUUUGGUAAUACGGUUGAUACCAAAAAGGCUGGCACUGAUGGGGAUGAUAUCACUGAGGAGCCAAAGCCAGGGAUGCACUUCGAGUCGGAGGAUGAGUUAAUGAAUUACUAUAAACAAUACGGAAAGCAAUAUGGUUUUCCGAUAAUGACACAAAGGAGUAAAAGAGAGAAAGAUGGGACUAUGAAAUAUGUCACUGUGGGAUGUGCUCGGGGUGGCAAGGCACGAAAUAGGUCGUCAAACGGCUCCAAGCCUCGGCCAACAAGCAAGACAGACUGCAAGGUAAGGAUGAAUGCCAUGUUAAAGGAUGAGAAGCUGUGUGUUACAUCUGUAUUUAACACACACAAUCAUGGGCUCAGUCCAAGAAAAGCCAGGUUUUUCAGAUGCAACAGAGAAGUUAACGAGUCUGUUAGGAGGGUGUUGGAUACUAAUGAUGAGGCUGGCAUACGGAUGAAUAAGAGUUUCCAUGCUCUUGUGACUGAAGCGGGUGGGUAUGAGAACGUACCAUUUGGAGAAAAAGAUUGUCGUAACUAUAUUGACAAGGCACGACACCUGCGUCUUGGUAAAGGUGGUGCUCAAGCGCUGUUUGAGUAUUUUAGAAGGAUGCAAAACAAGAAUGAUGGUUUUUUCAGCCUCAUGGAAUUAGAUGAUGAUGAUAGACUGAAAAGUGUGUUUUGGGCAGACGCCCGUAGUAGAGGGGCAUACAACUACUUUGGAGAUGUGGUAACAUUCGAUACCACAUACUUGACAAAUAGGUAUGGAAUGCCAUUUGCACCUUUUGUGGGUGUAAACCAUCAUGGACAGUCAAUCCUUUUCGGUGCAGGCCUUAUUUCAAGUGAGGAUACAGAAUCGUUUAUUUGGUUAUUUAAAACUUGGCUUGAUUGCAUGGAUGGAAAAGCGCCGAAUGUUAUUAUUACAAAUCAAGAUCGCGCAAUGAAAAAUGCGAUCGCCAUUGUCUUCCCGCACACGCGGCAUAGAUAUUGCUUGUGGCAUAUAUUGCGAAAGGUCCCUGAGAAACUUGGUUCACAUGGUCAAUACAAAUGUGGUCUGAAAAGUAAGUUGCUAUCUUGUGUAUAUGACUCCCUUACAAUUGAGGAGUUUGAGAAUUCUUGGAAAAGCCUCAAUGAUACUUUCAACUUGCAUGAAAAUGCAUGGUUGCAAAGCUUAUAUGCAGAAAAAGAGUUUUGGGUGUCGUUCGACAAUGCUCUCAAGAAAAAAGUUGAGAACGAAAACCAAGCUGACUUCAAUUCAUUUAACUUCACCAUUCCUUGCAUAUCACACUUGGCUCUUGAGAAGAAGUUUCAAGAUGUCUACACAAAUGCAAAAUUUAAGGAAGUUCAACAAGAGAUAAUGGGAAUGAUAUAUUGUCAUUGUCGUUUCGAGAAAAUGGAGGGAGUAAUCGCAAUUUACUCGGUCGAUGAUCAAGUAAAGGCUGAAGAUUUCAUCAAGGAGGUUACGUAUACUCUUUACUUUAAUGAGGCCGAGUGUGAGGCGAAGUGUGUUUGUGGGUUGUUUGAGAUGCGAGGGGUAAUAUGUAGACAUAUUCUUGCAAUCUUUUCAGCUAAGAAAGUCCGUGAGUUGCCAGAGAAGUACAUAUUAGACCGGUGGCGGAAAGACAUAAAACGGACUUAUACUAUUAUUCCGACCAAUUAUGACGCUGUUGAUCAGAGACCUGAAACUGUUAGGUAUAAACGUAUUUUGAGAACUUUCAAUGAGCCCUCCAACACGGAUUCCAAUGUUGGAGGAAGUACCGUGGAUGCAUUCACAGAAGGAAGUUCCAAGAAGGUGCUAAGUCCCCAUGUUGUCAGAGGCAAGGGAAGACCCCCGUGUAAGAGGAGGAUGUCCAAGAUGAAGGAAAGAGUGAAGAAAAUUAAAACUAAGACUGCAAAUAAGAGAAAAGAUAAAGGAAAAAGUUGCACUGUGAGGCAUAGAUUGGACACCGAACCAUUGGAAAGCACUGAAAACCAACUCGGCCUAUCGGAAAUGAGGAUGGAAGAAAAUGUACAAACUCCCAUAAUGGUCAAUGAAGAAAGUGGACAACAUCCAGUGAUGGGGACACAAGAAAGUAUACAACUAGGAAUGGAUGGAACGCAGCCAGAGACGAAAUUUGGAACGCAACCCAGCAGUUUCUAG